AUGGAAAAUGUUGUGCAGAAAUGGCCAGUGUUCGUCGACCAUGAAGAAGAAGUAUAUUCAUCAAACUCCAAGCCCGAAUCUCAAGAAACUGUUAAAUUCACUUCGUUCAAAAGACCUGCACAAACUAGAGGUGAAAUUCAAGGAGUUAGGCUUGUGCAUCCACAUGAGACUGAGAUAGCGCCUACACCAGGCACUAUGCGGAGUCUCGAUCCUGAACCGGAAGAUCCUACAAGUAGUACACUCGAAAUAAAGGCAGACAGUAGUGCAGCGAAAAAGAAGCAUCCGAAAGAAGGUCAAACAAGCUCGUCCAUUGCUUCUAUACUUGGGACUGGCCCAUUCUUCGAUUUUCUAAUCGAAGUGGCGCAAACCGGCAAGUCAGUGAUACCUUGGGAGGACGUGCAGCCGGCCUUCUUCGAAUAUUUGCAGGACGCACUUUACGUCUAUGAAGAGAAUUUUCGGGAAAUCAACCAUGAAGAGAACGACAUGAGUGAGGGUAGCGAGAAUUGGCGUAUUUAUCAUUUCAUACAAGAAAAAAUGCGGAAUUUCGACAAUUUUCCGUUUACCUUUCGCAGACUUUGUGAGCUGCUAGUUGACCCAACACGAUGGUACACGAAAUUUCCAACUUUCAUGCGCGCAUUGGAGAGAGUAGUAAAUGUUGAGGCAACAAUUCCAACAUGUACAUCUGGGGAGUCGGCUGCCAGGUUUCCCCCAGAGGAGGAAAAUAUUGAGUCAAUUUUCUUCAGGAGUCCAAAUGAUAGCUUUGACAAAUUGGAUAUAAAUGAAUAUGCACCAGAUCCCAGUGAGGUCCAAAAUAACAGCAAUCACUCUGCUGACAGUUCGUGCGAUGUUUGUGAGGCCUCGCGGUACAAAAUUCGUCGCAAGCCUCCACCACUUCGAAGAAGUCGCCAGGCAGCUGGAGCAGAUGCUAAACUACCUCUAUUUCCAGUUAAAGUAAAAUGCAUUCCCGAUGAAAAGGAAGAUUUGGUUGCGAAAUAUCCUGAACAAAUUGUCAAUCCUCCUAUUCUUAAUUCACCCAGAACUUGUCCAAAACGCCAGAGGACCGAUGAGUCACUAAUGAUUGACUUUGCUAAAUGUACUAUCACUAAAAGGCCGUUGAUUAAGGAGGAAAAGAGCGUUCUUGAAGGAGCGAACUCUAGCAGAGUAGCUAUAGCGCGGCCUCCACGCCCUGGUCUGUCCGCAUCGUUCCUUCCUCAACGGAAUAAUUAUGAAUUUUACGAAUACGUCAGUGAAGAGGAAGUUAGACGCGAAAUGGCUAGAGGGAGUAGUGCUCACGAGGAGUGUGGUGGAUUUGAUAAUACAACAAUGGGGGUUGUGAAAUUUGAACAAGGUAUCUCUUCCUCCUCGGAAUUUUUUUGGAUGGAGAAUUUUCUACCGUAG